AACCAAAGGUACACACUAAACAAACUUCAUUCUUCAAAUUACUGAUUACUCGAAAAAAACACUUCAAACUUUGCCAAAAUGGUUCAUGAAAAGCAAGUGAUAGAGGAAGUAUCCGGCUGGCUUAGAGUUUUCGAAGACGGUUCAGUAGACCGGACUUGGACCGGUCCACCCGAAGUCAAAUUCAUGGCCGAGCCAGUCCCACCCCAUGACUACUUCAUCGACGGCGUUGCCGUCAAAGAUGUAGUCGCCGACGAAAAAUCCGGCAGCCGUCUCCGCAUCUACUUACCUGAACGAAACGACAAUUCCGCCAACAAGCUUCCCGUCAUUCUUCACUUCCACGGCGGCGGCUUUUGUGUCAGCCAUGCUGAUUGGUUCAUGUACUACACUGUCUACACGCGCCUAGCGCGCGCGGCCAAAGCUAUCAUUGUCUCCGUCUUCCUCCCCCUCGCGCCGGAGCACCGCCUCCCAGCUGCCUGCGAUGCCGGUUUCGCCGCUCUCCUCUGGCUCCGGGACCUCUCCCGGCAGCAAGGACACGAGCCCUGGCUCAACGAUUACGCAGAUUUCAACCGAGUAUUCCUCAUCGGAGACAGCUCCGGCGGGAACAUAGUCCACCAAGUUGCCGUCAAAGCCGGCGAGGAAAACUUAUCUCCAAUGCGACUGGCCGGCGCAAUUCCGAUCCAUCCAGGUUUCGUGCGGUCCUAUCGGAGCAAAUCGGAGCUAGAACAAGAGCAAACCCCGUUUUUAACAUUAGAUAUGGUAGAUAAAUUUCUAGGGUUAGCUUUACCAGUAGGGAGCAACAAGGAUCAUCAAAUAACAUGUCCGAUGGGAGAGGCGGCGCCGGCAGUGGAGGAGCUUAAAUUACCGCCUUAUUUGUACUGUGUGGCGGAGAAAGAUCUGAUAAAGGACACUGAAAUGGAGUUUUACGAAGCUAUGAAAAAGGGGGAAAAGGAUGUAGAGCUGUUUAUUAACAAUGGAGUGGGACAUAGCUUUUAUCUUAACAAAAUUGCUGUUAGAAUGGACCCUGUAACUGGUUCUGAAACUGAAAAACUUUAUGAAGCCGUUGCAGAGUUCAUCAACAAGCAUUAAAAGGAGAAAAUUUGUGGUUUUGCAGAAUAUUUGUUUGUUGCAUGCAUGUUCAAGAUUUUGAUGUACCGUCUUGAUUGUCACGUUCUAAUGGUUUUGUAAUUAUAAUUAUGAGGAGUAAAUUUCUAUUGUUGCGUAGAAAUGUUUUUUCUUUGGUAGUAAAUGUUUAUUUGUAAUACUUUAAAAAGUGGACAAAUUUCUUUUGAGAUUCAUGAAAUAAUAUCUUUAAAUUUCGAA